UAACUGCACGCAACGAAGGGAACGUUUUGGUUGGCCAACUACUAACCGUUCACCACUUCGGCGUUAUCCAGUGAGCUGUGCACUUCGUCUCUUAAGAUAUUAGUAUAUUGUCGAAAAGUUAUUUUAAACGAGAAAGGAAAUGGAGGUAAACGUCGGCCCUGCAAAUCCCGCAGUGAUCGCUGACGUCUCGUUCUCGUUUCAAGAUGAGCUGACUGCGACCCUGCAGAACGCGCUCGGUGUCGCGGUAGAGAUCGCCGUCGUGGAGAUCACCAGACUGCUGGACAGAGCGCUCAGAGACGUGCAAGGCAAAAUUCAAGAGGCUCUGCAGGAUAACAAUGCGCUCAAGUUUAGGCUACAAACAGCUGAAACUCAACUUUCUAAUGUGUGUGGUCGCCUGAAUCAACAGCCACAGAGACUCGAAGAUUUUAAUGUUAGUAGUCAGCUGGUGACGACCCCCAUCAACUGCAGCAGGGUUCAGCGCGGGGGUCCACAGUUAAAUACCCUUAAUAAUGUCCGGCAACAAACCGAGCCCGCUGUGGACUCGGAACAUGUUUACGAGGUAUGUGGACCCAAGGAAACGAAUGCAUUCCAGCGAGGAUCAGUCUGUGGGAACCCCCAUGGAGGCGCAUGCGCUCAGGCUUCGAACUCGCUUGAGGAAUCAACUUCCUAUAGAUUACAUGAGACAAAUGACAUCAAGAAUGAGCAACACAGUAUGACCAAAACUGAGCAGGGAUGUGCUGGAACGGUUACAAACGUGCUGAGUGAGGAGUCAUCCCUUGAAGUGGCUGUAAAGGUAGAAAAAGAGGAGGGAUAUGGUGAACCAAUCCCAGUAACCCUCUCUGUAGUGGAGGAGCCUAACUCAGACAGACUUUCUCUGGCUCAGUCUCAACUACUAGAAGACUGGAGACCUGAGCCAUUGCAGUCAGAGAGCUGCCAAACAAACAUGCACUGCCAGUCCACCAACCAAUCCCUAGAUUUCCUGUCAUCCUCAAGCUCAGGUCAACAAAGCCACUUCCCAAAGCUCCACAACAACAAUUACAAUGGUCCCGAGCACCAUGCAUUUCCCCCCAGCCGAAGAUUGUAUCGCUGUGGCCUGUGUGAGCGAGACUUUAACCGUAAGCAACAUCUCAAGAUCCAUCAAAGGAUCCAUACAGGAGAGAGACCGUACACUUGCUCCAUAUGCAGUGCACGCUUCCGUCACGCAUUGACACUCAAGCGCCACUCCCGCAUCCAUACGGGAGAGAAACCUUAUGUUUGUGAUCAGUGUGGGAAAAAGUUUCGAAAUGAUGGUGGUUUGAAGUUCCAUCAGUGUUCAUGACAACAGUUGUAUAAAAUGCACUGUUUAUGGUAAUUGUGUUGCAGGAUGAAUCCAAUAUAGGGUCACCCCAGGAGCAGAAAGUUUAUUAAAUGGAUAGUUCACCCAAAAAUUAAAACUCUGUAAUCAUUUACUCACCCUCAUAUUGUUCCAAAUGACUUUAGUUCAUCUUUGAUAUUUAUUAUCUUAGAUAUUUUUAAUGAAACCUGAGUGAUUUCUGUCCCUCCAUUAAAAGUCAUGGGGCCUCAUUUAUUAAACAUGCAUACGCACAGAUUUGAUCUUAGAGUGUGCGUACACUUAAAUCCAAGCCAUCGCUCAUAUUUAUAAAAACUGUCUUUGACGUGGAAAAGUGCUUAGAGUCACGUCAGGGUCUGAGCAGACGUACGCAUUUUUUAUUGUCGGAGUGUUGCAGGUUUUUUUUUGAAAACGUAAGCUGUUCUUGCAGCUCGCUGUUCUAAAUUAUGAUGAUUGGUGAUAUUUUAUGUUAAUGACAUUAAUUACGAGUCGUUUACAAGGCAGAGAGCUGAAACCAUUUAAUUGAGUGCAAGUUCAAGAUCAUUUGUGAUUCAUAGAUUUCACAUCUGAAAGACGCGUGUUUCCUGUUCGUACGUUCAUUUUAUGAAUCAAACGUAAGGAUAUUCAAGAGAUGAUCAUAAGAUCAAAUGUGGGAUGGUUUCUGCGUAACAUUUUAUAAAUGAGGCCCCAGGUAACCAAAAUUUACAAGAACCAAAAUGGAGUUGUAAAAUUAAUUCAAAUAAAUCUUUUUUUUUUUUUUUUAAAUGAUGAACAGAUUUAAUUCAGCCUUUUAUUUGCAUCUUAACAAUAAUCAACAUGCAUACAUAGAACAUCACAUUUGGUAAACAUACACUCUCAGAAAUAAAGGUACAAAAGCUGUC